GCCCUGCCCCCGAGUUCCCCAGCGCUCGAGAUGAGGCCCCGGAUGCUGCCUGUGUCCUUCGGGGAGAGCAUUGAGGUGCACCCGGAGCCCACGCACGAGAUCCGCUGCAACUCCGAGGUCAAGUACGCCUCCGAGAGGCACUUCCGGGACAAUGUCUUCUACGCGCCCGUGCCCACGGUCACGGCCUACAGCGAGACCAUCGUGGCGGCGCCCAACUGCACGUGGCGCAACUACCGCAGCCAGCUGACCCUGGAGCCACGGCCCCGCGCCCUGCACUUCCGCAGCACCACCAUCAUCUUCCCCAAGCGCGCCAGGAGCACUUUCCGGACCACCCUGCACUGCAGCCUGGGCCGGCCCAGCCGCCGCUUCACGUCCAGCGUGCAGCUCCAGCUCCUCCUGGGGCCCGCGGCGCUCUGACCGGGCGGGGCCGCCCACCCCCGACCCCGCAGCGACCUUGGGCUGGGGGGGCCCCCAAGGACGGACCGCGUGGCUCAGCCUGGAGCCGGGCACGAGGGAGGUGGGGCGGACUCGGUGACCACGUCUGUUCCGUGGGCACGACAGCGGGGGACGCGGCAUGGGCGUGGCUCCCCGAAGCGCUCCGGACCGGGGCGGGGGGAGGGGCUUGCGGUAGGUGGGGUGGCCCCCCCACCCCCGGGGGUCCCCGAGAGAAGAAGGCGUGCGACCGGACCGCGGCGGGCCCUUAGGGCGGAGACCAGCCUCGG